UCAUAAGAGGGCUUUUUUCACGGAUGUGUGUCAAGGAUGUGUUUCAGGUUCGAAAAUAAAUUGAAAAAUUUAAAAUACAUCAUGGUUGCUAGGCUACGAGCAGGUGUACGACCGUUAAUCUUCCAAUGAGAAUAUAGAUAAUGUUGAAUAUUUGCUCACAAAUGUUGUUUAUCUUGUUCGUAAAUCUGUCACGAAUAAUACAAUGUCUUGGUUAUAAACGUUAAACGUUUGCUCAAACAUUUAUCAGAAAUGCGUGUGUUUGUCUCGUUCGAGGGAUCCGUUCAUAAAUUAGAAGUCGAUGUUCAAGAAACUGUUGGCGGAAUAAAAGAAACUUUACGGGAGCGAUUUGGAUUAACGUUGAAGAAUCAUCGAGAUGAGACAGUCAGUUUUGUAUCGUUGCUUUACCAAGGAUCAAAGCUUCAUGAUAACUGGAUAUAUUCUGAUCUUGCUAUUUCACCAGGCACAAUCCUAGUUUGCCGUGUUGAGAAGCAAGUGGAGCCUUCUCUAACGGUGCAUUGUAUAAAUUAUGAUGAAAGAAUCGUUUACAAGAACAGCUUUAAUGUCUGGCAGACAUCUGUGGGAACACUACGAACUAUGAUUCAAGACUCAACUGGCGUCCCAGUUAGUGCGUUCAGGUUGUAUUCAAAGACUGGCGUGGAGCUCUACGACUGUCAUCUGUUAAAAGUUUAUGGGAUAGACGCAGGAGAUGUUGUUACCAUGGAGAUAUGGCGCGAUGUUGCUGACGUGAUCCAAGCAGCGCGGGAGAAUGAGAUAACGGACACACUAGGCUGUCUCACGUCUUUUCAUGAUGGUCCGCAAUUAAUGCGUUAUCAGUUACAGGUUGGCCUGUUCACAGCUGCGCAUUAUGGUUAUCACCAGUUGGCCAUCCAGUUAAUGAAAUGCGGGGCGAGACCAAACGAACCGGUUGGACAACAUCCGUCACGUGAUUGGUGUCGUGAAUCGGCGCAUGUUGAUCACGUGAAGACGCCUGCUCAUGAGGCCGCACAACAUGGAAGAUUAAAGUGUCUGCGAUAUUUUCUCAUGUUUAAUUAUGCAAUCCUGAUCUGUAAGGAUGCUCACGGGCUGACACCUUCAAAUAUUGCGCGAAGAUACAAACAGACGGAAUGUUUUAAACUUUUGGUCGCUGAACAGUUUCGCAUUCCCAUCGUUCACCCCCAGAUUAACAUACACGUGUACUCGCGCGUGCGCAAAUGGUGCGAUCGAGCCAGAAUGCGGGCUCGUUUGAACAAGGAUAAGACAGCGAUGCUCCUGCUCACGAACGCUGAGAUUGCCCAGAAACGCGCUGUUGUGGGUCAAAGAGUUGAAGUGGAUGGUUAUAGCGAUCUGGAGGGAAGAAACAGAAAAGCUAAGAGUGCGUCUUCUUACUCUAAUACAAGUAACGAACGUGGGCAUUCAGCCUACCGGAAGAAAGCGAUGUCAGAGAUAAACUCUCAGAGGGCAAAAUCCGAUGCAAUGGUCCGAAUGAGCUCGAAAACCAAGAUAAAUAAGUCAGUCGACCCAAAUCCAGAGGAGAAAUCUAACAGGCACAGUGCAAACUUAGCAUCAAUCAGUCGGAAUUUACACAGAAAACAAGAGUCGCUUGAUGUCGGCGAUUCAAUAACUGCUCUAAAUGACGAGGCUACUCGACGCAAUAUGCGCAAAUCUAUCAAUUCCACGCAUGAGCAGAACUCUUCCGCUGCUGCUCCACGCGUAUCUCGUGCAAGUCACGAGGCGUGCCGUAGUUCAUUGCGUGGGGAACGCGCAUCGAUCUGCUCUGGUAGACCACAUCAAGAACAAAAAUUAGGAGAAUCUUUUCAUAGGCAAAAUGCGCGAUAUAUUUGGAAAUCGUUGGAUGACGAGGCGAAAGAUGUGGUCCCAAUGGAUGAGAUAGGAUCGAGAAGGACAUCUGCUAUUAUUGAUCAACAUGAUUCUACUGUAACCUCUACUAACCAAGAUGUCAUGCCGGUAUUAGUUCGGUCCAAGGUCGAGGAAAGCCGACACGGAGUCGCCUCUAGUCGUGAUUCCGAUGACGCUCAUAGGAAGGUAACUGCAUCAAAAUCAGGCUCGAAUCCCUCGAAGGGCUCACAUCACGCUGACAGUCCAGUAAAACGAAGAUCAACUCAGUCUAGGAAGUUAGUAUGUCAUGGCUCCGUCGAGUCAAGUGCGGACAGAUGUCUGCGAGUUGCCUGUGAGACUUUCCGCAAGAAAAGUUGGUUAAGUCAAUUGCAAAUGGCUGUAGUGAUGAAUACUAAUAUGCAUAAACACCGUGCCUCGCGUGAGGGGAUUGGAGAUUAGGAUAAUAUGAACGAAUUUCCUGGGCGAUUAGCCUCAUAGGAAACAAUAAAUAGAUAAAAAUAGAGAGGGUAGGCCAGUUUCGAACUAUAGAUAAAAUAGCUGUGAGUUUGCUCGCAGAGAGGAACUAAAUCUCAUAGGUGAUGGAUGACACUUGACACCCGGAGAACACCCCCACACGACUCUAAAUAUACGUCCUCAGUUGCCUAACCUCUACUCUAUUGUUCUCUUAAAUCAAUACGUGAUCGCCGACAAACAAGUGAAACAACUCCCCUUAUGUCCAUCAUCCAGAUCCUUCAGGUCACGUACAGACUUUUGCAGGUCUCUAAUGAAGAAAUUCUUGCCAAAAUUUUUUUAGAUUAUAGUGACCUCUAAAAAGACCUCUUCAUAGUUCAAUGAUUCCAACAAAUUUACUGUAAUCACGCUAAACUUAUGUCAACGCGAGAGAUAUUCUCUUGUAAAACGAGAUGUAAAAUGUCGGAAAAAAUUACAUAUUCUCAU